AUGGCUACUCAAGCUGCUUACGGCGUCGAAAAGAUCGUCGGCCACAGCGAUAACGCUAUUACGGCGCAGGAUGUCACUUCGUACCAAGAGACGGGCGACCAUAGCCAGACCAUGAAGGCUUUGGCUUGGAUGGGCAAGAACAAGGUUCAGAUGGUUGACGCUCCCAAGCCAAAGGUUAUUGAAGACCGCGAUGUCAUCCUCAGAGUCACAGGCAGCACCGUCUGCGGUUCCGACCUGCAUCUCCUCCACGGCACAGUCAUCCAGCUCUCCGAGGGUGACAUCCUGGGCCACGAGUUCUGCGGUGUCGUUGAUGAGGUCGGUGCUGGUGUUACAGGCAUUGAUGUCGGCGGACGCUACGUUGCUUCGUUCCAGAUUGCUUGCGGCGACUGCUUCUUCUGCAAACAGAAGCUCUCAUCGCAAUGCGAAAAGACAAACUCCAACACCACUGAGCGUGCCAUGUACGGUGGACGUACCGCGGGCAUGUUUGGUUACUCGCAUUUCACCGGUGGAUUCGCUGGUGGGCAGGCUGAGUACGUGCGCGUGCCGCUUGGUGAUGUGAACUUGUUGAAGAUCCCUGAUGAUGUUCCUGAUGAGAAGGGUGAGUGUCUCGAUACAGCCGUCUACCCCAAUGACUCAGUCGCCGUCUUUGGUGCUGGCCCCAUCGGUCAAAUGGCUGGUAUCUUUGCCCUCAAGGAAGGCGCGAGCAAGGUCAUCUUUGUCGACACAGAGCCCCGCCUAUCCUUUGUUCGCGAGCGCUGGCCCGCGGAACACAAGGACAAGCUGGAGCUGGUCGACUUCAAGCAGCUGUCCCACGGUGUGACCAACAAACCCACCGUAGUGAGCCGCCUCAAAGAGCUUACGGGUAACCGCGGCCCCGACUGCGCCAUCGAGUGCGUGGCGGGCGAGUACCCCAAGGGCUGGAUGCACACAAUCGAGCUUGCCAUCGGUGCCGAGACGGACACGAGCGAGAUUAUCAACGAGAUGAUCGAGGGCGUUCGCAAUUACGGACGGUGCGGCGUGACGGGCGUGUAUGUCGGCUACACGAACCACUUCAACAUCGGAUCCCUGAUGGAGCGCGGAAUUCGCCUCAUCGGCAAUGGCCAGGCCCCCGUUCACAAGUACUGGGAUGAGCUUCUGGAGAUGAUCCAGAGGGGCGAGCUUGAUCCUGCUCAGAUGCUGUCGCACCGCGUCAGGCUGGAGGAUCUUGACAAGGUGUAUUACAAGUUUGAGAAGAAGGAGGAUGGUAUGCAAAAGGUGUUUGUGGAGACCAAGUUUUCGUUUCCCAGAGACCCUAGCACGCCUGCUCUCACGACUUAUUAG